GCAAAUAUAUAUUUUUGUAUCAGUAGAAAAUGAGCUGUAUAUUCAUAAAAACUUUCAGCAGCUUGAUGUAAGUCUAGUCUCUGCUGCUGAAUUCUGUGAGUUGGCAAAUGUAAAGGAGUGCUAAGUAUACCAGUGGGCAAAGAAGGUGGGUUUACUUCUAGCUCAUCCUGUAAAACUCUUAAAGUUGUGUGUGGCCUCACCUUGGGAGGGUGGGAUGUUUACCUAGGCCUUGCUAGGAGUUGCUGAAGCCUGUGCUGUUUCCAUUUAACUGUGGGCCCUGUAAUCCAAAAACACAUUCUCUGUCCUUGAGGAGUUUUUAGUCUAGUGGAGAAGGAAAAAACUCUGACAUUUACAACCUUGAAUGAUAAGGGAUAGAUCUCCUGGAGGCCUGGAGGUUCCCUAUUUAUUCUGGCUGCCCUGGGGCAGCCCUUAAAGUAAGGACUUUCCAGGGGUGUUUCUGCCCUAAGCAAAUGGAAGAGUUUUAGAAAGGCAUUUCUGAAGGUGGGACCUGAAAGUAUGAAUAAAUGCCUGAAGACAGAGAGUAUUCUGUGUCUCGAAUUGUAGGAGUUGUAGGAAUAGCAAUAAAUAGUGCAAGAGGGAGAGGUCAGUCUGGCCAGAAGCUAAGUUUAUGUGUUAGGCUAAGAAGUUUAGAUUCCUUUUACAGUUUUAAGCAGACCCUGAUGGCCUUUGGCCAAAUAAAUUUUCUGUGUUUUAGAGGAUUUGAGAUGUACAAAGGUGGAAUAAAGGAGAGCAAGAUUGGAAUUAGACCAGUGAGAGAGCUGCUGAGACGAGAUUAAGGUUUGAACUGUGGUGAUGGCAGUGACAAUGGACGUGGAGAGAAGUGGAGAGAUGAGAAAACUGAGGUUAAAUGACUUGUUCAAGACAAUCUGCUUCAUCUUGAUUCUGCAGCAUUCCAAAGUGUGGUAUCCUUGGGGUUCUCUUAACAUUGCUAUGGUGCAGAAGAUUUAAAAUCAGCUGAUGUUCACAAGGAAUAGAGUCACGUGAUGUAUGAAGGGAAACAUAUACACUUCUCUGAGGUUGACAAUAAGCCCUUGUGCUCAUAUAGCCCCAAACUGUGCAAGCAGCGGCGACUCAACGGCUACGCUUUCUGUAUCAGACACGUUCUGGAGGACAAGACUGCCCCCUUCAAGCAAUGUGAAUAUGUGGCCAAGUAUAACAGCCAACGCUGCACCAACCCCAUCCCCAAAUCAGAGGAUCGUAGGUACUGCAACAGCCACUUGCAGGUACUUGGCUUUAUCCCGAAAAAAGAGAGGAAGAAAAAGAAUGAUCCUAUAGAUGAGGUAAAGGUCAGGCACCAGAUGGAUACCAUGGCCUUUAGCCUAACGGUGCCCACAUUGGCCUUGAAGAUGCCCAACGGACUGGAUGGAAUGUCCCUCUCUCCACCAGGGGCAAGGGUCCCUCUCCACUACCUGGAAACUGAGUUGGAAGACCCAUUUGCUUUCAACGAGGAAGAUGAUGACCUAAAGAAAGGUGCAACUGUGAGAAAGAAGUUGCAGAGCAAGUUGGCCCAGAAUCGUCAGCGCCAGAGAGAGACAGAGAUUUUAAAAGUUCGACAAGAGCACUUUAGUCCCCCUCCUGCACCUUCACAGCAGCAGCCUCCACAGCAGCACUCCAACCUGUCACCUUUAUCCACUUCUAUAAAACCUCCAGCGCCACCGCAGGGUUUAGUCUGCAAGUCACCUCAACCUCAGAACACCAGCCUACCAAUGCAGGGAGUGGCCCCCACCACACACACUAUAGCACAAGCGAGGCAGUUGUCUCACAAGAGGCCUCUGCCCCUCCUGCCAUCCAGUAGGGCUCCUGUCGUGGACCCACCCAGGACUGACCGGGUCCUUAUGAAAGCCACAGCCUUCUCUCCACACUUCUCUUGUAUAAGUCGACUGCAGAGACUGGUGAAACUGUGCACCCAAAAACAUCAGUUGGAUACUGAUCUGUUUCCCCAUUUAGGGUUGGACUGGUCUGAAGAGAGCGGAGAGGAACUGGAGGACGCAGAGCAAGCCUCGCCAUACCAGGUUGCAUGGUCCAUCCGAGAAACCCUCAGAUAUGAAAGACACACGUCAGAUGACGAUGAUACAGAGAGUAGGAGCUCCAGGGUGACCCAACUUUGCACUUACUUUCAGCAGAAAUACAAGCACCUCUGCCGCCUGGAGCGGGCAGAAUCCCGUCAAAAGAAAUGCCGGCACACGUUUAGGAAAGCCUUGUUGCAGGCGGCCAGUAGAGAACCAGAGUGUACUGGUCAGUUAAUACAAGAACUGCAGAGUGCUGCGUGCCGUCGAACCAGCAUAAGCCAGACCAAGUUGAGGGAGGUGGAACCAGCAGCAUGCAGUGGAACGGUGAAGGGUGAACAGUGCACUAACAAAGCCCUUCCAUUCACCAGACAUUGUUUCCAACAUAUCCUCUUGAACCGCUCUCAGCAGCUCUUCUCAAGUUGUACGGCCAAGUUUGCGGAUGGACAGCAGUGCUCUGUGCCUGUUUUUGACAUCACACACCAGACACCUUUGUGUGAAGAACAUGCCAAAAAAAUGGAUAAUUUCUUGAGAGGCGAUAGCUCCCGUAAAGUUCAGCACCAGCAGCAGAGGAAACCCAGGAAAAAAACCAAGCCUCCUGCACUUACCAAAAAACACAAAAAGAAGCGAAGGCGUGGACCUCGCCGACCCCAGAAGCCCAUUCCCCCUGCAGUCCCCCAAGGGAACCUCAGCAUGCCCGCCAGCGUCUCACUGCCAGUGGAGGCCUCUCAGAUCCGGAGCCCGUCCACGCCGGAGCUGAGUGCUGAUGAGCUGCCGGAUGACAUUGCCAAUGAGAUCACUGACAUUCCACACGACUUGGAAUUGAACCAGGAGGACUUUUCGGAUGUCCUGCCUCGGCUACCUGAUGACUUACAGGAUUUUGAUUUUUUUGAAGGAAAGAAUGGAGACCUCCUCCCAACGACCGAAGAGGCUGAGGAACUUGAACGGGCCUUGCAGGCUGUAACUUCUCUCGAGUGCCUGAGUACCAUUGGGGUACUUACCCAGUCAGAUGGUGUGCCAGUCCAGGAGUUGUCAGAUAGAGGAAUAGGGGUGUUCUCCACAGGUACUGGAGCUUCAGGAAUUCAGUCCUUGAGCCGAGAGGUAAACACGGACCUAGGGGAGUUGUUGAAUGGGCGCAUAGUCCAUGAUAAUUUUUCUAGUCUAGAGCUGGACGAGAACCUGCUCCGUUCUGCUACCUUGUCUAACCCACCUACACCCCUGGCAGGGCAGAUCCAGGGGCAGUUCUCUGCCCCAGCCAGCGUUGGCCUUACUUCUGCCACUCUGAUCAGCCAGAGUGCACUUGGGGAGAGAGCCUUCCCAGGACAGUUUCAUGGACUUCAUGAUGGCAGCCAUGCCUCCCAGAGGCCACAUCCUGCCCAGCUGCUGAGCAAGGCAGAUGACCUAAUCACCUCACGACAGCAAUACAGCAGUGACCAUUCACACUCCUCGCCCCAUGGAAGCCAUUAUGAUAGUGAGCACGUGCCGUCUCCCUACAGUGACCAUAUCACCUCUCCCCACACAACAUCCUACUCUGGUGAUAAUAUGGCAGCUACCUUUUCAGCAGAGAUGCCCAUCAUGGCACAGCACUUGCUCCCAACCCAACUUGAGGUGCCACUUGGAGGAGUUGUAAACCCCAGAACUCACUGGGGCAAUCUUCCUGUCAACCUUGGAGAUCACUCUCCAUUUAGCAACCUUCUCGAUGCAGAUGGACAUCUUCUUUCCACUUCCCUAUCCACGCCACCCACCACUUCGAACUCAGAGACCACACAGCCUGCCUUCGCCACCGUGACCCCCAGCAGCUCCAGCGUGCUUCCGGGGUUGCCACAGACCAGCUUCAGUGGCAUGGGGCCUUCUGCUGAACUAAUGGCCUCCACCUCCCCCAAGCAGCAGCUCCCUCAGUUCAGCGCAGCCUUUGGCCACCAGCUGAGUUCUCACAGUGGCAUUCCUAAGGACCUGCAGCCCAGCCACAGCUCUAUAGCCCCUCCUACAGGCUUCACAGUAACAGGUGCCACAGCUACAAGUACCAAUAAUGCAUCUUCUCCUUUUACCUCCCCUAACUGAGCGUGUCUGUGUGUUUGCAGGCAGGUGAGGAACCUGGUGUUUUCUAUCUUUGUUUCCUCUUUAUCACCCCUUCCCCUUUUCCUAAAGAAGAUUUUAAAAAUAACAGAUGGGGACUUGAGGGGAACUCCCUUUUCCAGUUAAACGAGUGACCCGGCAGUGGACCUUGCUUCAGUGUUCACAUGUGCUCCUUUGCACUGGUGCUCAUUCCCUCCUGGCAGGUUCACUCUCCCCCAUUUUCUUUAGUGGCUCAGCACAGUGACUGGAUAGAGUUGACUUUUAGCAGCAAGUCCUAGAAGUGGAAGAUACCUCAGAUUACCAGUGCCCUUUACUAUUUCCUAGUAUUCAGAUCAAUGCUUUCCAUUUUAUUACCAGGUCUUUACAUAGGUGGUUCUAGAUGGAAUGAAUCUAUUAAUUGAGUCCCUGUGUGUAAGACGUGGCAAAUGGUGUGUGGAGGCUGAUCAAGGCUCUGACUUAGCACCAACUGCUAAAUGCCAAGUGAGGCCAGGAUUCCAUUCCUAAUCGUGAUCAUGUUUAAUUAAAAAAGAAAAAAAUUAGUCUUUUGACUGCCUGUGUGUAUGUGUGCGCCCACGCGUGUGUUUUUGUGCAGGGCAGGAAGCAGCUGUCCCGUUGUUAAUCUUUUUUUCCCCCUAAUGAGUAUAUAAGGCUCUUACUACUUUCCCACACCUCAUAACCCUAAUAACAUCGGUCAUUCUUUCCCACUGAGUUAACUAAGUUUCCUGAAUAGAGAGGGUGAUGGUCUGGUCAUGUGAAUAGCACAACCCUUUUCUGCUAAGUUUAGCCGGAAACGCAAAAAGCUGAAUUCAUGUCAGUGCUGUGGGGGUGUCGUGAAAAGCUUGCCUGGAAUGACUGCAGGGUUGCUGAGAUGCUGAGGUCUGCUGGGCAUACUGCCUUUUAGACAUGCAUUUGUUCCUAAAUCCCUCUGUCGUGGAAUAUGUUCGCAAGAUGUAAUUGAAGAAAAUACUGCGAUGUGAAAAGCAGGAUAGGCCAGAUAGAUUUGGAAAGAUGGCAUCUGUGAACUUCUUGAUCUGUCUUUUGCUUUGAAUUUUUCAUGUUUACAGUAGUGAUUCUUUGGUAAGAUAUGUAAAAUGUUGAAGACACUUGUAGAAUCAGUGUACCAGUUGUGAAGUGAUAUGUAAUAUCUGAAGGAUACACAUUUUAAAGUUUCUUUCAAAGCAGAUUAUGGAAAUGAGACAUAAAUUUUACCCACUCUUUGGUACUUUUAAAAUAAUUUAAGUGCUUAGGUUUAAGUUUUGGGAAAUUGUCUUAAAGUACCAGGAUUUUAGGCUUAAAAAAUCAUAUUGGGUAGUUUAGUAAAUUGGUGACUAUGAAAUGAAUAUGUGAGUUUUCUUUUUAUCUGCCUUCUCCCCAGCCCUUGCCCCUCCCCCAGAAGGGUGGACCUAGAUUUUAAAGGCAUCUGUCCUCUGCUUUUGCUGAGACAUUUUACUGUCCCCUGAGGUACCAUUGGCUAUUUAUACCUGAGUCUAGUCUAAUUUAACAUAUAUAUAUUUUAAAAGAUAAGUAGAGAGAACAUAUCUAUUAAUGAUGUGAUAUAAUGCUUCAUUUGUCAGGGAAUAUUUGAUCUUAGUUUCUUUUCAAUAGGUAAAGAUUUGGAUGUAUUUUCCUACUUCCUAUAUGUAUUCUCUUUAUGCCAUGCUACUUGUAACCGAUCCCUUCUUUUGAAAGCUUUUCUUUCUCUGCUUUUUAAAGGAAUGAUGGUGAUCAGCAGGCAUUAUGCAGAUACCAUGUGACUGAGAUUACAGAGGGGAAGUCACAUGGCUAAGAAAUCACUAUAUGCCCUAUUUUGUAUUUAUUGAAGUUUCUUUUUGUGGGCCAAAAGUAUGUUUGUAAUAUAUUUAGUUUUUUUUAGAUCAUGAUAAUUGAUUGGAAGAUUUAUUUUUAAUAGCUUUGCCUUUUUUGCAGAUUGAGAAAUUUCUAAAUUAUAAAUUAUGUCACAAAGCAAAAUUAUAUUUGGUAUCACCAUAAAUUUCUAUUCUGAAUGGUGAGAACAAAUCAUUUGAAUAUUUCUCACCUGUGAACCUAUGUUAGUAAGCUUUUUUAUUUUAAUGUACUGUAACAAAAUGAUUGAGUAGUUACCUCUGCUCAAAAGUGUCAUUUAGUUUGCUAAACUCUUCACACCCCAUUGUAAUAACUGUCCAUUCCCAGCGAUUUGGUUUUGUCUCCAUUGUGUACUAAUUAAAGGUCGUAGCGGAGCAGCACAUUAACGUUCCUAUCAACCCUUCUUUGACAGCAGAGGGAAAGUCACAGGUAGUCAAUUUGAACUUUUCUGGCUAUUUGUCCUCCAAGGUAGCUGCUUAAAAUUCUUCAGUUAUCAAAACUGAGUUUGCAGUAAGUUGCACAUUUUAUUGUUUGCAAUUUUCUGUUUUAUGUGCAUUUAAAAGCCCUUUUCUGCUUUCUAGUAAGGAGGCAAGAAAUGAUCAGGAAUGUUGCCAGUUACAGCUUCACACCAAAAACUUGGAGUAAAUUCAUUUUGUUUAGAUGUCCACUACGAUAGCUGGAGAAAGGGCACCUAUAGAAAGUACCCAGUGUAGGCUUGAGGAAUUAGUAAAAAACAAAACAAAACAAAACAAAACUUUCCUCAUUUUACCUACUUCAAAACUAAUAUCCAAGCUUGCAGUUUGCUUUGCUCUUGCUGUUUCUUGAGUCCCUUUUUGGAAGAGAGAACAUCUGUGAACCCAGAGAUAUGAUUAUAUUUUUCUUGUAGCUAAUGGAGCAAUCCUAGUCUAUUAGUAGUAGGUUUGCUAUUACUAUGUAAAGAAAGGAAUGAAGUGUUUUUUACUCCAGAAGUAUGAAAAUUAGUGUCUUUUAAAAUAGCACUUAUGCUAUAAUAAGGCAAUACUGGAAUCAACAACAAAUUUUAUAUAAGGUCCUAAUUAGGUGGAAGUAGCUUUUACUCUAGUGUUAAACUCAUGAGAAGUAGUGGCAAAGAAGGUUCACUCUGUUUCUGCAGUUCUUUGGGACCAUUUGUAAAGGCCAGUUAGAUUGUGUUAAUGUGAUUUUAUUUUCAAAGUUGCUGCAGUUAAUGGAUACAAUCUGUGUUCUGAAAAACUAAAUUCCAUUCUAAUGUAUGAUAUUCAUUGGCUGUGUGUGAUCUACAGCAUUUGAAGAGAAGAUGUUUUCUCUCCUUUACUCUCUCUCUACAUAAUUGUUAAUAUUAUUUUAAUUAAAGUACUUAAGACAUUGUUUUUUCCUCUGUUAAAAAUGGCUUAGCAAUUUGCACACCUGUGUAGGUUAUGUAGCUAGUAAACAAUUCACGAUAGUUAAUUGCAAUUACACUUGACCCACCAAGUGACAGACUAUGCAAUGAAAAGGUUUUCUAAUUCUCAUCACAUAGCUUAUACAGUGGAGGAUUAUUUUCUCUAGUAACCUACCAUGUGAGAUAUGACUGCUUUAUAAAUGACUUCCUGAGCAAUUUCAUGUUGGCAUACAGCAUGUGUCUAGUGUCCCUCCACGAAAAGACUAUAAUGAGAAGCAAAUAGUAGGUAGGGAGAUAAAGUUGGAUUUUUUUUUUUCCUUUAAAAUUGUAGGUUAGCCUGAGUGGCUUCAGGCUAAAGAAAGCUAAUAAUUUAUCUUUGCCAAAUAAUUAUGUAUAAGAAUUAUUUCUUAAAUAAGCCCAGUCUCUCAACUGCAAGUUAGGAAUCCUCAUUUUCUGUGACUAACACUAAAGCUUUUCCUUAUUGUUCUCAAUCCAUGAUCACAAUCCAGAGAAGCAAAGACAGUUCUUUGAUUUGGAAAGAAACAGUGUUUGUUAUAAUACAUAGGUACCCUAUAGGUACAAUUCUCUUAUGUGAAAGAUUUUAUACUUCUGUUGACCUAUACCAGUUUUUAUCAGUUCACACUAGAAUUUGCGCACCUGCAGGGAAGGGCAUGCUGUCUGGUCACUGAUCCUUGCCUGCAGCCCUCUUGUGCGCUUGCGGCGUGGGGGUGGGGAUUGUGGUUGGUAGGCUUCAUCUCCAGUGACUGUGUGAGGCAAUCACCGUUUCUCCAGGUUAGUUCAAAACUUGUGGAUUGGUAUUGUAGAAAGAUGAGGCUAUUAAUAACACUAAACUAAUUGUUUAAUAGAUUUGAAAUUCAUUUAAAAAAAAUUUAGGUGUCGAGUUUGCAUUUUCUUCAUCCUUUCUUUUUAGCCUUCUUUUAACAUUCAAUUAUAUUUUUAACCUGGUAUAUAUAGAAUAAUCUAAUGUUUACUGGUCUUCUAAAUGGUCAACAGAACUCCCUAGUUUAUUGAGGUAAUUUUAAGAACUCCUAGAAAGAAAAUGUAGUCCUCCCAAACAGUCUUCACUUGUAUCUCUUCUAUCACCAACGCCUACAUCACACCAAGGACUUUUUUCCCGACAAGACAUAUAUUUCUUGGGGGUGGGGGAUAGGAGUACAUAUCUGAUAGAACAUGGAUUUUUUUUCCCCUCUAAAUACAUUGAAAAUAAUUGAUCUUCGCUAGCAUUCUAUAGAAAGGUAAAACAAUUUCAUGACUUCUAAAUAUCUUGAAUUUUAUAAGCUUUCCAAUAUAUUCUGGAGGGAUCCAAAAUCCAUGUUUAGUAGAUUAACAUUUUAAAUGCUAUCAUUCAAAAGAUUUGUAAUAAAAUACCAGCGAAGAACAUACUAAUUUCCCUGACCAGUGAGUGAGGAAAGAAAACGUAAAACAAAUGAGUAAUUACGUCUCUCCUAGUAACCAGUAUUAUUAAUGCCUAAAUUGUGGGACAAAUUUAAAGAGCCUUAUUUCCAAAUAGCAAAGAUUCUCUUGUCACUCCAGCUCUUAACUGUUUGUUAGCUUUCCUCUCUCUGCACUGUGAUACAGAGCUAAUGAAAGGGAUUGUGACAUCAGAGAGAGCACAACUUUGGUAUGACUUUCUUUAUCCUAGGUUCCUAGAUCUUGGGAAUGUUUGGUUCCUUUCAAUGGCAGAGUUUUUGCUGAUCUAAAGUUUAGUCUGCUAGACAACCUUGUAAGAGAAAACCUGUCCAACUCUUUCUUGGUCAGCUCUGCCGGGCAGCAGAGCGCUCCUUCCUUCCCCUCCGCCCGCUUGCCCGGCCCACCCCAGUCCUCGAGCGCCCGCGCGCCCGCCCUGGCCGUCCAGGCCUGCCGUGCACGCCCGUCUGUGCCGAUCCUGGCCGAAGAGUAACAGAAUCCUCUUCUUUCACUUGUUUUUUUGUUUUGUUUUUGUUUAUUUUUUUAAGCUGGGGACCACUGAAGUAAGCUCUGUAUGCACCCAAAGUACCCCUUGGAAAUUUUUUCAACAUGCAGUGCCGAAGGCUCCAGUGCAGCUAAAUGCCUCACCAUUGCUUUGACUUGGGGAAUAGACUGAUUUGCCCUGAAAUGACUCCACCUCGUUCAGGUCCAGUGGGCUCCAGCGGAGUAGUGUGGAAGUGAUGGACACUGUCUUCACCUGCUUGGAAGGGUUGAAUCAGUUCCUCUCAACAGUGAUAGUUCUUUUCACUGUACAUUGUUGAGUAUGUCUCAGGGAUUCCUCGUGGAAAUUAGGGCAGAUUUUAAAAUACGAAAAUAGUUUUCAAAAAACUAAAGGUGACUCAUCAUUGAAGAGAGCGCAAGGAAGAGAAAACAUUUGGUUUCCUAGCCCACAGUGUCUUGCAUAGGACGUUUCCUUUCUCCUUCAGCCUCUCAUCUCAGCUUCAGCAUACAGAAUCCUUUCCCAUCAUGCACAGCUUUAAAACUUUUAUUUAAAAAUCUCCUUCCCUGAUGAGCUUUCAGAAUACUUAUUGUAGAUUUUAAGAGAAAAGGUAUAUUAAUUUAUGCUAUUAACAUCACCUCAUAAAUUAUAAGUUUUAUACUAAAGCUGUAUUGAGUGUAAUGAGUUAUGUUGCCUAUGUGUUUAAUAGCUAAAAAACUAUAUAUGAGCUUUUUUUUUUAUUUUUUAUUUUUUUGACAAAACAAACUAGUGAAGCACCUUUUUACACUGGAUCUCUGCCGUGUCAAGGUGUAUAGCUAUCCUUUGCUACCUUGCAGAUGUAUAAAAUAAAAGGAUAUCCUGGGGCCUCAAAAUGUAGAACACCUUUAGACCAUUUAUUACUGCUCAUAGAACUGUUGAGAAUCAUGUUUCUUUAGUAAAUGAUCUGUGGUUUACACUUACGAUGGCUAGAAGCUUAGUUACAGGGUAAAUAGAAAUACAUAGAUCAAGUAAAAUUCCCAACUACUGUAGCUGGAAUUUGUAAACUAAGUUUUUAAGACCUCUUUUAUUUCCUAUGGAUUUAUUCUUUAAUUUACAGUUGAUUCUGUAAGUUGGGAAGUAAAAUAGAGAAAAUAAUAAAUCUAGAUGUUCUCAGUGUCUUAUUCAGGAACCUUUUAACCCCUCCUCACUAAGGAAUUCCCACUGUGACUUAAAAAUAGAAUUAAAUUACUUGUGUGCAUGUAUAUGUCUGUGUUUUUACACACAUGCAAAAAUAUACAUUGGGGGCACAUGUGCGAGAGAUGAAUGUGUGCUUUAGUACAAAUAGGGAAAGGUAACAGAAUGUAUUGUAGAAAUAUGAUUUAUUUAGUUGAGGGUAUUGGAAUUACUUUCUCAAGUGUCUCUGUUGGAUAAAUACACCAAAUUCUUCAUGUUAUCUUAUGUUAAAAGGCUAGCUCUGAUAUCAUGUGUAUUUUAUUCUAACAUUUUGAUUAACUUAUAUUAUGCCAUGUUUUUAAAAUGACCUGAGUAACAGCAGGUUCUAAGACCAGCCUCUUACUUUUGAGCAUAAAAACGAGAGAGACAGAGCUAUAUUUAUCUAUUGGGGUGAUGGGACCAGAGAUUGGUUGAAUCUUUAUUUACAUUAAUAGAUUUCUUCAUAUUCUGAGUUAGAAAAUACUAUUGAUCAUCUUUUCUUGGUGAAGUUAAGAAAAUUAUAGGCCUUUUAUAAAGAAUGCCAAUUUUUGAAGGGGCUGCUUUGUCUAAAGAGUUGUUGGGAUCAUCUCACCAUGCAUAUUUCAAAACUGAGAUGAUUUCAGUUAUGUUCAAAAACGAAGAAAAAAUUAGCUGUGCUAUUAUUUUUGAAGUCAGCGUGCCCUCCGCCCCCAUAUUUUGGCUAUAGGAAAAAAUAUGCUACCCUUGACUUGAUUCAUAUGGAAUUAAACAUUCCCAUAUUUUGAGAUUUGCCAUUUUGCUAUACAUUCAUUACUGGUUUGUCUGGUGGUCUAAAAUAGUCAGAACUAGAGUUGUUAUUAAAUGCUCCGGUCACAUUUAUUUUUAAUAUUUAAAAAAUCAUGUACUUAAAAAUAUGUCAAAACAACCUCCGAUAAUGCACCUGAAUUUGUAGUUAUCUUUGAAGCCUCAUUCAUCUUAUAUAUAGUCAAGAACUAGGAAAGCUUUAUAUAUUAUUUUUACAGUUGUAUUUUUACAGCAUCUCCCAGUUCCAUUCACUCUUGCUUUAUGGAUUUUUUAAAAUCUGCAUAUUUCUUGUACAUAUGCAUGCAAAUGAAAGAAGGGAGUUUGUAUUGGUGCCAUUUCUCCCUUCAGUUACUGAUUAAUGGGAUUCACUAGAAUAAAGUCCCCCUAAUUGAAGGGUGAAAAUAGACCCUUUGUGUAUAUCUGUAUAGAGAUGUGUAUAUGGGAUGUGGUGGCACUUUGCUGAAUGUGAACUUGCCUUGUCAAUGGAAAGAUUGAGAAGUAUUAUUGUUUAUUUAUACAUUUGUAUAAAUCUAUAUGUACACGUGUGUAUAGAUAAAGCUAUAUACAUAUAUUUCCCUAAAAAAAUGUGUGUGUAUAAUAGAGAAACAGCCUUUGUUAAGCAAGAUUAUAUAUCUAUGGAGAACUCUGGAUUGCAGUAAGCAGGAGGCGGUGACAGCCGAGAGUCCACCAUCAGAGCGCACUAAGAGGGAAGAAGUCCUUUGGACUAUAGUCUUGUUUAUGGUGAUUAUCAUUGAAUUUCUGUUAGAACUGUUCUUACUUGCCAAGUCCACUGUUCAUCUUCACUACCUUCUAAGUCAGUCUUUCAACAUUUAAAACACUUCAUUGUGUUUGUUCUCCUUUAUUGUGUCCUUUCUAGCCAGAAGCAUUUGUCUUAAGUGUAUUUCAUUAACUUCUCAAUUGUCUCUUUUAAAGAUCUUUAUCUCUGAAAUUUCCCAGAAGGUGCACAAUUUUGUAAUACUUUCUAUAGUAAUUUUGAGAAUUGGGUGUUCAUCUUUGUCUCAGAAACAAACAAAAAUUAGCAUUCAAACAAAACUGAUUUGAAAAUUUUACCUAGGUAAUUUUGGAACAUUUUAGUUAAGUUGAAAAAAAGAAUUUGAUUUUAUGAUUGCU